AUGCCGCUACCUACCGCUUCCCGAGAAGGAGACCCUGUGCUUCUGCAGACUGCAGUCCGGGCAACCCGUCGCGACGUUACAUUUUGGCAUCCCGGAUGGCCGCUCAUGAGGCUCGAUUACUGGGAGUAUAUAGCGAAGGGUGUUCCGAGCAAGGACCACGGUGAAUGGGGAGAUGUAUAUGUUGACCUCUCUGACAACCUACUCUACGCAAAGCUGCUGAGAGGCUGGACGCCAUGGCCUGGUGUUACCUCUUCACAGGGGGCGUCACACGGUAGAAUGGUGUCUUGGAGCCAGCUCAAGAAGAAGUGGCUUAUUCGCAACCCUACCUCAGUAAACGAGUGCCUUCCGGACCAUUCUGAAGACAUCAAGUAUCUCUGGUGUACCCGAGAGGGCAUCCACUGGUGGACAAGAACAGAGAUCGAAGACGACAUGGACAAGGACCACGACUUCCCUCCGGACGCGAAACUACGAACGAACGGAAGGUGGAUAGUACGGGACUUUGUCAAGUCCACGCUUCAGCAGCCUGCGUCCAGCACCAAGGCUAAUGCAAGUCAGUCUGCCGGUGCCGGGCUCAAACGUACAAGGGAUGAUGAUAGUCGCGGUUCUACCUCGAGCGGUGGUAAAGCUGGUGACCAACCAGGUGCAGCAUCGAAAUCAGACACUUCUACCUCUGCCAAUAAAAAGCAGCGGGUCGAAGAUACCUCCGCAGUCAAUAGCGGUUCCCUCACAAGCUCAAAAGGGGCCGCAAAGCCGGCGAAAAAGACUACAAGCGGUCUCAGGGCAGCGAAAACACGCAAACCCUAACGCAAAUCCUUGAGGUGACGCAGAGUUGAGAAAAGAUCUCAGUCGUAACAACCUGACG